CCCACUGAUAAAGACUCAAUAAAAUGGCGAAAUGGAACAAAUCUCAAAGUCAACGUGAGAACGUUCAGCAUUGCAUCCAGUCUCGUAGGAUAAUGUCAGGGUACGAGCUUCCCUCGCACCCCUUAUGGAGACGCGCCGUUAUUGAUCGCGAACGCGAGGGUGCGCCAGCGCAGAAUGAGAAGAGGGUGGCUUUCGCUUGCAACCCCAGCUCAACCCCGACGGCAACCAAAGCACCGGCUAGUGUUGUUAUUGCCGUUAACAUGUCCAGCGACAGGGACUAUAUUGGGUUCGCGACACUUCCGGAGCAAGUGCACCGGAAAUCUGUGAAGAGAGGAUUCGAAUUCACCCUGAUGGUUGUUGGCGAAAUGGGUCUUGGGAAAUCAACUUUGAUAAACAGUCUUUUUCUUGGGGACCUUUACAAGGAACGACGAAUACCCGAUGCUCUUGAACGCGUAGAAAAAACUACAACUGUCGAAAAGAAGACGAUGGACAUCGAAGAACGCGGAGUACGUCUUCGAUUGACAAUUGUCGAUACCCCAGGUUUCGGAGAUGCCGUGAACUGCGAGGAUACGUGGAAAGCCUGCUCGGCUUAUAUCGACGAUCAAUUUAGACAAUACUUCACGGACGAGAGUGGAUUGAAUCGUAAAAAUAUUCAAGAUAAUCGUGUUCAUUGCUGCUUAUACUUCAUACCGCCAUACGGACACGGGUUACGUCAGCUGGACCUUGAGGUAUUGAGAAGACUGCAUCGUAAAGUAAACGUGGUACCAGUGAUAGCAAAAGCGGAUACUCUCACUACGCAGGAAGUGAAGAAACUCAAAGAACGAAUCCUGGCUGAUAUCGAAGAACACGAAAUACAGAUCUAUCAAUUUCCUGACUGUGACAGCGACGAGGACGAGGAAUUCAAGCAGCAGGAUAAAGAAUUAAAGGCCUGUAUACCUUUCGCCGUGAUUGGCAGUUCUACAGUUCUGGAAGUGGCGGGUCGGAAAGUUCGAGGUCGACAAUAUCCUUGGGGGGUUGUCGAAGUGGAAAAUCCAAAGCACAGUGAUUUUGUGAAGUUGAGGACGAUGUUGAUAUCGACUCAUAUGCAGGAUAUGAAGGACGUUACGCAGGACGUGCAUUAUGAGAAUUUCCGUGCACAAUGCAUUUCGCAAAUUUCACAACAGGCGAUACGGGAACGGAGGUAUCUACGCAUUAAACUGAAGAGAGACUCCGGACCACAUUUUGAGAAUAGCAUCUCUGACACGGACAGACUUCUUUUGCAAAAAGACGAAGAGAUUCGAAGGAUGCAGGAUAUUCUGGCACAGAUGCAGGAAAAAUUGAAAGCCACGGGACACGCCGGCGGAGGUUUAGGUAUGCGAGGUCGUGUCGGCAGUCUUGGAAAUGAUUUGGAUUCCACGGACAUCGAUAAGAAGCGUAACAGUAUAAUAGACGUUUAGUCGAUUUCAUAAUGAUAAUAGUUCGCGAAGAGUUAUCCUUUUUGAUAACUAUUAGCAUUUACCAAAAAUGACCUACGGAACCUCAGGGUAUCUGAAGUCCGAAAAAGUGUUCUGGGACGUUUGAUCGUAUAAGAAACUGGCGACUCUAGGAGAGACUGAGCUGUUUAUAGAAUUUAAAAGAAAUUAUAAAUCAGACUCAUGGAAAGGUCAAUCGGCAAUUAUGACUGAUACCGUGGAGGCCAAAUGUAAACGAAACGACGAUACGAUCUUAAUGCAAAGCAGUAUUAAGCAUUAGGGUGUUUACACUUUUAGAAUUGUACUAACAUUCUUUUUCACGUAUAAACUCCCAUACAUUAACGCUAGAAAUUUAUAAUCUCCCUAGAAUCGUUAAACGAGACAAAACACUUUAUGCAAACUGAUUGCACGAUUAUUUUCUCCCAAGUUUUAAAUUGAACGCACAUCAUGUGAUCAGGUACGUUAUGUUCGUUGGACAAAGCGUAGAUAUUCUUUUAUAAGUAUAAUAUCCCAUAUAUGAUAAAAAUUUAAUUCAUUUGCUCGCUACGUUAAGACUUGUACACAGCACAAAAGGGAAUACAGUUACCAUUGACGUAUAGGUUAGGUAACAUAAGUUCAAGAAUCAACAGCAGAUAAAAAAUCAGUUGAUUAAGAUAUUGCGUUGAACAUCGAUUUGUUAUAUUUAAUUAUAUUUUAUUGUGAUCCUCUUUUAUGUAACAAUAAAUAUAAUACGAUAUAUAUAUAUAUAAGCACAUUAUAUAUAUAUAUGUAUAAAUAUUA